AUGGAACUGUUGUCGAGUUCCAAGUCGCAUUCGAAAACUGCAAGCAUGGCUGAAAAUCCACGGAAAGAGAUGGAAAAGACCACUCAGCUUCAAGAAAACUUUUCUGCAGCUACUAAGUCUGCGCAAUCAUCUAUCCACCUCAAUGACUCCUACCAUGGCCCUACUGAUGAUCUUCUCACCUGUGAUGGAGUCUGCUAUAAAACUCGGCCCCUCUGCCUUGAAGAGCUCAAGCGUGUUGCUGCCAACUUCACCACUCGUGAGGCCGCGAAUAUGACACAUCGUGGGCAAACUUGGCUUCAAAUGGCCCAGGCUGCGCUCGGCAACAUGAACGAAUACAAGCCAAACCUUUCGAUAUCUGCUCUUCGCCCGACUGUUUCGUCGGAAGACUCAUUUGCAUGGUCCACACCCGAGGGUGCAGCUGCUGGGAUGACUGGCAAGGUUCAUAACUCUCUCUCCCUACCAGAGGCUAUGUGCGGGCCUCUUUUGAAAAGUCAUAUCCAGCGAGAUCCUCUUUGGGUGGGGUACAGUAUCACGCUCAUUACCGCAAAAGCAGCCGGAUGUUCUUUCGAUAUGUCAGUCACAAGAGCAACAUCACCCGUGAGCCGCAUCAACCAAGUGCAGGUCAUGACAGGGCUACAACCUGUCCGAGUGAGCAACUUGGCCACCGCCGCACUCAGCGGGCUCUUUUACUUGGCUCACCACAAGCCGGAGAAGAUGGUCGGCGAAGCUCGUGCUGUGAGCACUUUCUUUCACGGGUUAGCAUACGCAGACGAACUCAGUUGUCCCGAUCAAGGUGGAGAGUGGGCUCAUUUCGGAAAUCUAGCAGGACCACUACUUGCUGCCGAGAAGUUGUUAAGCGGCCCUCUUCCUAAGCUCUUUGAGAAAGUACUCUUUUCAUACCAUUGUUGCACAAUAAAACCUCAGCCCCCCCCAUUAAUGUCCACCUUCAAUUCGACCUCUCCGUCUCUACAGACCCUGUUUCUGGCCAGAUUCUACGACUCGACCCUACCAUCAUAUCUCGAUUGUUUUCAAUUUUUAGAACCAAGUUCUGUUCUAAUGGCCCGCGCUACCACUUGGGGAACACUUCUAUCCAACGACGUGUUUGAUUAUGUUAGUGAUGGAAUUUCCGGCAGAGUGGCCAAUCUCUGUUGGGCGAUCGGCGAUCGGGAUAGUCCGAUCGAGUGUGCUCGGAUGUUUCGUGGCUGCUUGAUAGCUCUUGCGCGAACGGCUCAUUAUGAUCCCGGACCUCUGUUUGCUCUAAUCUACAUGGAGUAUACAUACCUCUACACGGCGCGAUACUGUUAUUAUUCGGUUCCGUGUGAUCCGGAUCUACCGCUGGAUGAUACCUACAUCCCAUACUCCUUUGUCGAUAUACCCACUCCAGGCACAUCGCCUGUGCAUGGGUUUCGUGCCGCACUACGAGAGGCUUUCUCCCCAUCCGUCUCGAAUCCUCCAAGUGAUAUAUCUGAUCUAAUUGCACCAUUCAGUCCUAGCACUAAGACUAAUACGGCGAAUCAAUCCUUGCCCCCCUGGCGAGGAGUCGCUGCGACUCCCUGUGCCUGGGACAUGGCGAGUGGGGACUUUGAUGUCACAGCCAUGAGAGCGACACAUGAGAUACUAGCCUGCCUUGACCGUCAAGUUUAUGUUGACCACCCUGAGGUUUACCGAGCACACCUCGGGUGGAUGAUUCGCCACUACGAUUCCAUGGUGGUGGCCGGACGGGAUAACUUAGGAGUAGGACGAUACUACAUCGCGAGCAGAAUCGACUGA